UUGAGAAGUCAUUUUCAGAAGGCAAACGAUUUCGUAGACCUAAAGCCCGAUUAUUUGAUAGUGGGCGAGCCAACGGAGUUGAAAUUCGCUACGAUACAAAAAGGUGCACUAAAAGUUCUUCUUCAAUGUCAAGGUGUCGCUGGUCAUUCUGGAUAUCCAUCAGCAGGGAAAAGUGCAAUCCAUAUGUUGGUUCCCAUCCUCAAUGACAUCCUCAACUACAGUUGGCCAAGUGAUCCCGAAUUGGGAGAGACUACCGUCAACAUCGGUCUCAUAGAAGGAGGACAGGCGUUGAAUGCGUGGGCCGAGAAUGCCUCAGCGAAGAUCUUCCUACGUGUCACCACUUCGGUAGAGGACGCGAAGCAGCGGCUUGAGACUGUUGUAGCAGGACGUGCCACAAUCGAAGUGAUGUCCUAUAAUGAUCCAGUCGUACUCAGCAAAGCUCCGCUCGACUUACCCGUAGAUCAAGCGGCUUUCAAUACCGAUUUACCUUACUAUGGCAGGUUGUCGCAGUUAAAAGGAAAGUAUCUGUUCGGUGCAGGAUCUAUCAAGAACGCCCAUUCACAACAAGAGUUCAUGCCUAAGAAGGAACUGCAUGCUUGUAAAGAUGCCUUAAUUGAAUUAGCCAUUAAGUUAGGUGCACAGAAUGUGAUGGAAUGA